ACGCGGAACCUGCCGGGGGCUGAGUGGCGGGAAGGCCCCAGCUGCACACGCUGGGCAGAGGGCCCCAGGUACCAGCGGCCAUGAGACCGCAGCCUGGGGGCCAUGCGGUAGGGGAGGCUGCGGUGAGUCCAGGUGCAGUAGAUGGUCUUGAACUCCAGCCGGGGUCGCCAGUGACUCCCUGGGUCUCUGAGGCUCAGCUGGGGCCCCAACUCCCGAGGAACUGGCUCUGGCAGAGCUGAGCCCUUCAGCCAACUAGAGGCAGUGCCCUCCAGGGUCUGGGGGGCCUCCGGGAGGAAAAGCCUCUGUGUGCCCUUCCUCCCAGAAAGUGGGGGUGCAGGUGGACUCCCUGAGUCCUGCUGGGAUGAAAAGGAAAGGUGUGGAAAGGGCUGGCAGGAGCCCUCUCCUGGGGAAGGAAGUGGGUCCCUCACUCUCACCGGGGAACCCCAACAGUCAGGAGUUGGCAACGCCCAUCCCCCAGGCGUUCCUCCUGCUGCUGCUGGGUGUUGGGGUGUGCGGACACACUGCUGGCUCAACAUGUGACUGCGCCCCAGACUUCCACAGGAGGAACAGCCCGCUCUGCUGCCGGGGCUGUCCAGCAGGGUACUAUCUGAAGGCCCCCUGCACAGAGCCUUGCGGCAACUCCACCUGCCUGCCCUGCCCCCUGGGCACCUUCUUGGCCCGAGAGAACUACAGGACUCAGUGUAGCCGCUGCCAGGCCUGUGACGAGCAAGCCUCCCAGGUGGCCCUGAAGAACUGCUCGGCGGUGGCAGACACCCACUGCGGCUGUGAGCCGGGCUGGUUUCCCGAGUGUCUCUUCGUCCACUGUGGGGACAGUUCGCCUUUCAAAUGCAGCCCCUGCGUGGACUGUGGCGCCCUGCACCGCCACACACGGCUGCGCUGUUCCAACACAGACGCCGUCUGUGGCACCUGCCUGCCUGGGUUCUAUGAACGUGGCGAUGACUGCGUGCCCUGCCCCACGAGCACCCUGGGCAGCUGUCCCGAGCCAUGCACUGCUGUCUGUGGCUGGAGACAAAUGUUUUGGGUUCAGGUGCUCCUGGCUGGCCUGGGGAUUCCACUCCUGCUUGGAGCCACCCUGACCUACACAUCCCAGCGCUGCCGGCCUCGCAAGCGCAUGGCCCGAGGUGGAGCUGAGACCGAGGCCCUGACCCCACCACAGGCUGCCCACCACCUCUCACCCUCACCAAGUGCCCACAACCUUCUGGUGUCUGCUGGUGGUGGCGGGGCAGUCUGCACUGUCCAGUUGGUGGGCAACAGCUCCCCCCAAUCCCAGGAGGGCCCCCACUCACAGGUGGCAUGGUCCUGGGACCAGCUGCCCAACCGAGCUCUAGACCCUGCUCUGGAGCCCCCGCCCUUGCCAGCACCUCCUGCAGGCUCGCCCGCGGCCGUGCUCCAGCCGGGGCCGCAGCUCUAUGACGUGAUGGACGCGGUCCCUGCGCGGCGCUGGAAGGAGUUCGUGCGCACUUUGGGGCUGCGCGAGGCGGAGAUCGAAGCGGUGGAGGUGGAGAUCAGCCGCUUCCGUGACCAGCAGUACGAGAUGCUGAAGCGCUGGCGCCAGCAGCAACCCGCGGGCCUGGGCGCCGUCUACGCGGCCCUGGAGCGCAUGGGGCUGGACGGCUGUGCCGAGGACCUGCGCAGCCGCCUGCAGCGUGGCGCGUGACGUGUGGUGCUGGGGCCGCCCUGGCGCUCUGGCGGUCCCUGCAGAAGCCCUAAGUAUGGUUACUUAUUCAUGUAGACAUUUUAUGUCACUUAGUAAGCCCCGCCCGGCACUGCGUAGCAAGCGCCUGCCGGCCUAGCACUGUUUGUCCCAGGGCUGCUCCCCUUAAGGUGCAGGCAGGCAAGGGAGUAUGCGGGGGGCUGCGUUAUCCCAGAGCCAUUUCUCAGCCCGGGCUUGUGGGGGUAACUCGGUAUUAAACCUACGAAGAAGACUGACUUACUGGUGUUUGCGGGCCCGGGAUUGGAUUUUGAGGGGAGGACGCCGAGAGACUGCCACUCCAGGACCCUGGGACCAGUGCCCCACACAGUGCAGACCAGGGUGGCCUGGGGCACCUAGAACCUUCGUGUGUCUCCAGCGGCCCAGUGACCCCGGGAACAGAGAAAGUCUCGGCGCUGCCAGUGAAUAAGAGCGAAACUGGGCACCAGGCGACUGAGCGAGCUUUAAUGGGGGUGGGGAGCGAGGGGCGGCGGGGCGGCACUGGCGGCAGGCCCCCUGCCCCUCCACUCGCUCCACCAGGGUAGCGAAAGGGCUCUGAGAGCGCGAGGGGGCCUGGCUGGGGCCGCGGCACAGACUUAGGCGGAGCG